AUGUACACAACUGAGACAUACAGAAAUGACAUCUUCUGCAGGCCAGCGUCUAAACAGCCAGGAGUGGGUAUUUUUCCACCCAACUGCAGUGCACCGAAAGCACCUAAGCCGACUUUGAGGACGGGCGGAGCCUGGCGCUGCAGGAAGAGGCGACAGCCACAGCCCUCCAGACGAGCCCGAGGGGUGAACUCCCCCACUGGAGGCCCGAACCCGGAAAUACCGGGAAGCGGAGUGGGGCCGGCCGGGGCCGCGGUCCCCCGGCUCCCACCGCUGCGUGCGUGGAUCCGAGGUCCCGCCAGGCGCUGGCCGAGCGGUUUCCACAGCAACAGGCCGGGCGCGCGUCCCCGCGCGUGCGCAGCUCCUCGCCCGCCCCUGGGAGGGCGGAGAGGGGAACGGAGAGGCGGGAACGGACGCCUCACGCCGCGCGGGAACGAGCGGCGGGCGGCCAGUGCACGCCCUUUCCUGCGUCCCCGGGUGGCUCCGCGCGCCCCUCUCGGGCGUCCGGCCUCCGGCGUCCUGGCGGCUUGGGUGGUGGCGGUUCGGGCAGUCGCCUGGCUGUUCCUCGGGGCGGCGACCUGGCUCACGCGCGGGCCCGCCGCGGCCUUCACCGCCGCAAGCUCUGACGCCGGCAUAAGGGCCACGUGUUCUGAAAUUACUUUGAGACAAGAAGUUUUGAAAGAUGGUUUCCACAGAGACCUUUUAAUAAAAGUGAAGUUUGGAGAAGGCAUUGAGGACUUACAGAGAUGCCGACUCUUAAUUAAACAGUACAUUCCUACAGGACUUUUUGUGGAUCCAUAUGAGUUGGCUUCAUUACGAGAGAGAAACAUAACAGAGGCAAUGAUGAUUUCGGAAAAUUUUGAUAUAGAGGCCCCUAACUAUUUGUCCAAGGAAUCUGAAGUUCUCAUUUAUGCCAGACAAGACUCACAGUGCACUGAUUGUUUUCAAGCCUUUUUGCCUGUGCACUACCGCUAUCAUCGGCCACAUAGUAAAGAUGGAGAAACCUUUACUGUGGUCAGUAACCCAGAUUUGUUGAUGUAUUGUGAACAAGAGUUCCCGAUUUUGAAAUGCUGGGCCCACUCAGAAGUGGCAGCUCCUUGUGCUUUGGAGAAUGAAGAUAUCUGCCAGUGGAACAAGAUGAAGUAUAAAUCAGUAUAUAAGAAUGUGACUCUGCAGGUUCCAGUGGGACUGACUAUACAUACCUCUUUAGUAUGUUCUGUGACUCUGCUCGUUACAAUCCUGUGCUCCACUUUGAUCCUUGUAACAGUUUUCAAAUAUGGCAAUUUUUCCCUAUAAGUUUUGUGUAGUUAAAUGCUUCCUAGAAACCUAAAUAAGAUCUAUUAAAUUCUGAUGAGAGGUGUUCUUCUAGAAUUGAUCUAAUAACUUUUAUCGUUUGUCUUCAUUUGUGGCCAAAAUUAUGUUUACUAGAGGAAAUCUGGGAUCAUUCUCAGCUAAUUCCAAAAUUUAGUGCUCUAUUGCAUAGAUCCUUGGUAAUCCUCAAGCAUCAAAUGUGGUAAGAGGAAACUUAAUUCUGCUAAAUUGAUAAUUUAUUUUGUGAGAAGUGACUUUAUCUUCAUUUGGGAUAGAAAAAUUAUUUCUUUAUGUAGUAGAGACAAAUUAUUCUCAUUUUGUGAAUACUUUCCAUUUAAGCUACAAAUUGUGAAAACCAUACAAAUAAGAAUAAAAUAGGCCAGGCACAGUGGCUCACACCUUUAAUCCCAGCACUUUGGGAGGCCAAGGUGGGUGGAUCACCUGAGGACUAGAGUUCUAGAUCAGCUUGGUGAAACCCCGUCUCUACUAAAAACACAAAAAUUAGCUGGGCGUGGUGGUGGGUACCUUUAGUCCUAGCAGUUGGGAGGGAGAUGUGGGAGAAUCGCUUGCACCUGGGAGGCAGAGGUUCCAGAGAGCCAAGACUGCACUACCGCACUCCAGUUUGGGCGACAGAGUGAGACCCUAUCUCCAAAGGAAAAAAAAAAAGAAUAAAAUCACUUGGGUUGAAAAUCAUGUUUAUUUAAAUAUUAAUGUCAUGAGAAUAUUAAAGACAUUUGCCAGUUUCAACAAAAAUCAUUAAAGUAGGACAGCUAAGAAAUUAUUAAUGUUAAUAUCAAAAUUAUUGAUAAUCUUAAAUUGUUGACUCCGUUCUCCUUUUACAUUUUAUAAUGUUUAUUUUGAAUAUAUGAAUUGGCAAAUGGCUUGAUGAAACUGAGUACUAAGAUUUAGUACGCAGUAUGUCAAGAAGAGAACUCAGAUUGCCAUUUUAAAGUUGUACAUGAACAAUAAUUGGAAUCAUCAAGUAAUUUUUUAAAACAAAGGUUCUUAAUUUACUGUGAUGCUUGGGAAAAAAAUAGAAAAUAAAGCAAGUGCCAUAGGCUAAUUAAAAAA